CGGGGUCGCACCAGUUCAGUUCCCAUUUCGUUUCGAUCAUCUUGGAUAAAGAGUAAUCUAAGUUUAUGUAAGUUAUGCAGCUGCGCAACCGCAUCAACUUUGGCAACGAGCCCUUCGUUUUCGUAUUGAUGUUCCCAAUCUGCUCAUUGUUCAGUGAAAUUGGGAAUGAAUUCAUAAUUCACUUUAGAGAUUGUCAUUAUUAUGAAUUUGAGAACUUGAUCACAUCGUUGACAAAAUUGGGGAUUGCGGCUACGAAAUUUGCGGCAUUUUCAUGGUUUCUGGUGCGCCCCACGAGUUGUAAAUUGCAAUCAUCUUCUCUACCUCCCUCGUGCUGUGCUCAACACCAACGAGACAAGAAUGACGUCCAUCCCAUCGCCACUGUCUUAUCUCGUUUCCAUUUCGGUCCCUCCUAUCUUCUUCCCCGUCAGACCCACCCCCACGACCGCCUCCGGCCUCCGCCUAAUCCCACGGAAAGGCCACCGACAUUCCGUCUCUGCCGCCGCAGCCGCCCGGGACGAUGGAAUUCCCGCCAACGACGUCAAAACCCUUGCCCGGUUCAAGUCCCGCCACAACUACAUCCGCGUGCUAGAGGUCUCCAGGAGGUGCGACCACCCCUUCGCCGGCUCCCGCCUCCUCCUCCUCGACUCCCCAGGCAACAUCCACAGCAUCUCCUUCCUCCUCAAGCCCCUCACCUCCACCUACCUCGACGUCUUCGCCACCCUCCCCCCCAUCAUCCCCCCCGGCCCCAUCGGCGUCCUCGGGUUCGGCGCGGGCUCCGCCGCGAGGCUGCUCCUGGAGUUGUACCCGCGCGCGGUGGUGCAGGGGUGGGAACUCGACCUGGCCGUGAUCGACGUCGCGAGGGAGUACUUCGGCCUCUCGAGGCUCGAGAGCGAUCACCAAGGUCGGAUCUUUGUCCACAUCGGGGACGCGCUGAAGGCGAGUGCGAGAGAUGGUUUCGCGGGGGUUCUGGUGGACUUGUUCAGCAAAGGGCGUCUGGUGCCGGAGCUCCAGGAUCCGAGGACGUGGGAGAGGCUGAGGAAGGGGCUGAGGAGGGGAGGGAGGCUGAUGGUGAACGUAGGAGGGAGCUGCGUGGAGGCGGAGGAUAAGAACAGAGACGGGAGGGCGAUCAUGGAGGAGACCCUGGAGGCGAUGCGUGAGGUGUUCGGGGAGGAGCUUCAGGUGUUGAGGCUCGGGAAUAGGGAGGACGACAGCUCGCUCGCCCUCACGGGUCGAAUGCCGGAUCUUGACGCGUGGAAGGCGGGGCUCCCCAAGUCCCUGAGGUGUUAUGCGGAUAUGUGGAGGCCGAUCGGCGGUUAGUACUACUCUGUCAGAGUAGGAGAUGAGUAAAUAAGAAGGUAGAGCUGUCCAGGGAGGAGGAGCAUGCCAUGUGUUUGCGUUUAUUCCUGUGUGAAGAAGCUGGAGGGCGACUGAGCUG